AUGCCGGAGGGCACGGUGGUGGCGGCGACGGUCUUUGAGCCGUCGUCGGUGAGGGAGCGCGACUGCGGAGGCCGGGCUGAGGUGGUGAUCCCCGACCGGGGGGUCGUCGAGGUGGAGGAUGACACCCCACCGCGGGCUGACGUCGCCGAGCGAGCGGGGACUGAUGGUGGUGGAGGCGGCGGCGUUUUGGAAGAGACGUUGCGGGCGGCAGCGUCGGAGGCGCCGCCGAUUUUGGAGGAGGCACCGCGGGCGGCGGUGCCGGAGGUCACCCCGGCAACUGGGCCGGAGACGGCGACGCAGGGCGUCCCGGAGGAGGUGCUGGCCGCGUCGCGAGCGGCCAGCGGGGAGCACGCCUUGCAUCUCGACGCCUUCCGGGUCGCCGCCUACAAUCGUCUCCUGGGAAGGCACCGGGAGCUCGUGGAGCGGCUUACCGCCAAGGAGGAGGAGCUCCACGUCGCCGCAGCCGAGGUGUUGUCCUGGCGGACUCGUCUGCCCCGGGCUGGUCAUCACUACGACCGGCUCGUUGCCGACACCAGUCGUCUCGGCGUCGAGGCGGCGCAGGCGAGGGCGGAGGCGGCCGCGGCUCGGCGGUCUCUUGAUGAGGCCAACCGGUUGCAUGAGCAGCUGGCGGGUCACAAGAGCCGCCUCGAGGCCGAGGUGGAGCUCCUUAAGGCGGAAGCUGCCAAGGUGGCAGAGGCGCAGCAGGCCUUGGUCACCACGGCUGAGGGGGGCCGUCAGGACGAGGCCCGUCGCCGCGAGGCGGCCGAAGACAAGGACGCCGAGCUGAACGCGGCCCUUGCCAAGGCGGCCGAUCUGGAGAAGGUGCUCGAGGAGCGCGACCGUGCCAUCGAGCGGGAGCGGCGUGGUACGUUGCUUGAGGCGCAGCACCUGGAAGAGUCCUUCUCUAGGGCCUUCCCAGAGAUGCAGUGGCUGGCGGAGGAAGCCGUCCGCUAUCAGCGCGACCCGACCGGCGUCGUUGGGUCUGGGACGGAUCCGUGGGUGGCCUGGACCUUCCCGGCCGGCCUGCAGAUCCUGGGAACGUAG